UGAACCAAUAAGCACGGAUGGCAAAUCCGCAAUUAAUUCAGGUUUUCUUAGUUUAAGUUCUAAUUUAAACACGAGCUUUCGUUCGCUCCGCAUUCUCUGUUUAUUCUUCUUCUGUGUACAGUCUAAAUUUAAGUGGUUUUGAAAUACACCAUAGACUCAUAAAUUCGGUACCGUAUUCCCCGUUAAGAUUAGAAGACAGUAAAUUACUACAUUGCGUUGGCGGGUUAUCGUUAUAUAACGAAAUCGGUGCGCGCUUGGCUGUGAAUAAAGAGCUUUUCAUCAGGAACAGAAUUUACGUUUGCACAGAAACAACUGGAAACACUUUAAACGAUGGAGGUGUCCAGUUUGGUGAAUAUUUUCUGUUGCUUAUGUAUCGUCAGUCAGAGCAUAUCAGCAUCAGAAACGAAUGAAAACGCACCAACAGACAAAUACACCAAUGUUAUCAAAGAGUUACAAGAAUCUGGACUGCGAGAAGUUAAGAAAUGGGUUACACAUCAGUCGCCAACGAACGAAGAGAUCCACGAGCUCUUCUCUUUGUAUGACACAUCAAGAGAUGGCCAGAUCAGUCGAUAUGAACUCCAUGCAACCAUCGAAUAUUAUUUCGGUCCGUUUCCUUCUGAUGAAGUUCAACAGAUAAUCAAUCGAUACGACACCGACGGUGAUUCCUUUGUCAACUAUCGGGAGUUUGCAGAGAUGAUAAGAAAUGAAAACAGAAAGUAGACACUCGGUGUCCGACGGACCUGGUAGCGCCUGACCGUAAAUCAAUGCAACAACUAUCAUAGUCUAGGCCUAUUUAAGUUUUGCUGUGCGUUUACCAGUAGGCAUAGGGCCUAUUUUAAAAUACAUGAAAACAAAUUUUAAUUUGUUAUUCCGCUUUUUGGCUGAGUUUUGUCCCUAUAAAUUUAUUUAAAAUGUAUUGGUAAGAGGAUUGUAAGAAUGUACCGUAGCCUAAGUAAAAUCAAAUUAGAUUUAUUGGUGUAACAUUCUAUACAAUGCUCGUCCAUUUAAUUUCUGUUAACUUAUGCACGAGUUUCUAAUGCACUCACACAGAACAGUCAGAGAUAAUAAUACGGUCGAUUAGGCUAAAUGCGGACGAUUGUUCCUUCUUUUUUGCUCAGGCUUUACCGUCUGUGUAUACUGAAAGACGGUUAUUAUUUGAUGCCUCUUCUACGUGAGUGUUUCGAAGAGAGUACAUCUUUCAAAACCAGUUUUCGAGCAUUUUUAUCAUAUCUCAGGUGGUUUUAGCAUCUUUUUAGAAAGACACCCUGAUUUUUCCGACGAUUUGUGACCUAAUGUCGACGAGAUAAUUUAGUAGCAAAUAAUAAAUAAAUAUGAACGGUACGGUAUUAAGUCGAAUUUUAUACUGUUUGUGAAAGACGUCUUUUUUCUGUCUAAGAGUCUGUAAAAUAUUGUUCUGGUGACAUGAAAUGUGUUACGGCAUUUCUUGCCUUCCAUUCUCUCACUUUGUACAGGUAAAAAGCUGAAAAGUAGCGUAAUGAUGCGUCCGUCCGCCCAUUGGCUCUUUCGUUCAUUCACCAAAAUCGAAAGUUUACAAUCAAAAUACAUGGGGACAAUAUAUAGGUGCCAUAAAAGCGAUAAAACAGUAAAACGUAAAAGGAGACGUGACCUUUAAACUACAAUGUGACAGCGUGAUAACAAACAAGAUACACAUUUAAGACUAUGCUGUAUUAUUCGACAAGAUAAUUUCGAUCAGGAUCUAAAAAAAAAAAGAAAAAAAAAAAUUGAAUAGGUUAUUUUCGUUGAGGUUCUGCAUUGAAAUUCAAUUGUAAAUAAGUAAUUUAAAGAAUGAUUUUAAAUACCUAAAUGUGCUGUAGAUGUUCUUUAAUCGACUUGGUAAUUUGUUCAGUUCUUAUUGAUGAAGCAUAAAGUAAAGCGUCUUUCAUUAAUUGAAAUUCGUAAAAUGAAAUUUAAAUCCCUGCAGUUUGCACUUGUGUUCUCGGUCGCAACUUUAAAUAAGA